AUGAGGGGAUUUCCGCCGGCAGAGCUCUUGUCCACCAUUGCGCUCUCAGGUGGGCAGGAGCAAGAGAGCCAGGGCCAGCUGGAGUCAGAGGAGGAGGAUGACCUAGUCUCCAGGGCCAUUUGCUCUGCCGUCGCAGACUGCGACUUUAGCGUUGCUGUAGCGGACCCGACCGCCCUAGAUGCAGAGUUGAUCGCCGUUUCAGAGGGCUUUGAGCGACUCACUGGCUACUUGCGCGAAGAGGCAGUUGGUCAAGGGCUCAGCAAAGAAGCUGGCAUUCCAGGCUGCAAUUGCCGCUUCCUCUCCGAGGGCUGUCCACCGCCCGACUUGAUUGCGCAGCCUUUACGUGAGGCAACCGACACUGGGGCGCCCUACAGUUGUAUUCUGGUGAACAAGCGAAAGACAGGUCAUUUUUUCUUGAACCUCCUGUCUCUUCGUGGUUUGGUCGUGGCCAGACAUGCCAAGACUGGGGAGGAGAUUUGGAUACUCGUGGCUGUCCAGCAGGAUGUCACUGGAGUGGAACCAGAUUCACUGCCUUCAAGCGACGCCUUGCUGUCCAAGGUGGCUGGCCGCAUCCUGCGGAGGCUGCUGAAAUAUGCAACUGAAAUUGGCAUUGCCAGCCUCAUUGAGGCAAAAAGCAGAGGCAAAUGA